AUCUUUGAUACUACUUACAACACUAAUCGCUAUGGCUUUAUAUUUGCACCAAUAAUGGGGGUUAACAAUCAUGGUCAAACAAUUAUUUUUGCUUGUGGAUUUUUGAAUCAUGAGAGCGUUGAUGAUUUUGUGUGGUUAUUUAAUCAAUUUUUGGAAAGUAUGCCUGGUGGUGCCCCGAAGAUGAUUAUUACCGAUCAAGACCCAGCGAUGACUAAGGCAUUCCCUCUUGUUCUUCCAAAUACUUUUCACAGGUAUUGUAGUUGGCAUAUAUUAAUGAAGUUUUCUGAGAAAAUUGAUGCAGUGAAGUAUAGUAUUUAUAAAAGUGAGUUCUCGGCUUGCAUUUGGAAAUCAGAGACUCCUGAAGAAUUUGAUUUACAAUGGGAAAGUCUGAUUAAGAAAAGUGGGUUAGAAGGAAACAGGUGGUUGCAAGACCAAUAUGAACUUCGGUCAAGAUGGAUUCCUGCAUAUGUUAAUCACAUUUUCUCAGCAGACAUGUCAAGUAGCCAACGAGCAGAAAGUGGACAUGCAUUCUUCAAGAAAUUUGUUUCGAAGAAUAAUUCAUUGGUGGAUUUUAUGAUACAGUUUGGCAGGGGACUAGUGCGCCAACGUCACGAGGAGUUGAUGGCCGAUCACAAAGAUGUAAUUGAGAAACCUAAACUUAGAAUAAAUCAUGACUUUUUGGAGCAAAUGGUUGAUAUUUACACUAAUGAGAUGUAUUUCAAGUUUGAGGCUGAAGUGUGUGACAGCUUUAACUACAAGUUACAGUUUGUUAGGGAAACCGACAAUCGCCGUGUGUAUCAAAUUCAAAGAAAGAAGCUCGCAACAAGCAAAGUCCGCGAAAUCGUUUAUGACAAGGACUUGGAUUUGGUUUAUUGUAGUUGUAAAAAAUUCGAAAGCGCCGGAAUCCCAUGUACACACAUUAUCUCAUAUUUGAUGAAGUUUGAUGCUGAAAUAUUGCCCGAUAAAUACAUCUUAAAGAGGUGGACUAAGACUGCAAAAUCAGGGACAGUGGUUGAUAAUAAAGGCAUGCAGAUAACCUCUGACAAUUCUUAUCUUUUAACGUGGAGUCAAUUUAUCCAAUCAUCUUUGGAUUUAGUUGACAAGUCCCUCGUAUGUGAAGAAACAAGAACGAUGUUUAUCGAUGGUUUGCGUAGCAUUAAUGAGCAAAUAAGUCAAUUUCUUAGUAGCCGCAUGGCUGUAAUGAGCUUCACCGAGAAAAGUAAUUCAAUAGGUAGUAAUAUAAUAGGUGAUGGUGAUGGUACUAGUGCACAUGGUUCUUGCACUUUUCAAAAUAGUUUCAAUGAACCCGACCAAGUGCGAGCAAAGGGGUGCAACAAAAGGUUGAAAGGAGGAAAAGAGAAAGCAAUGGCUAGAGUCAAAAAUAAAAGAGAGAGACGUUAUCACGGGUGUGGUAAAGUAGGCUAA